CCGUUUCAAGCGUGUAGAUGGUGAAUCUUUGAUGUCUUUUCCUUUUAGGUCAAUCUUGUAAUCAUGGCGGUAGGAAAGAACAAGGGGCUCUCGAAAGGAGGCAAAAAGGGUGUGAAGAAGAAGAUUGUUGAUCCUUUUACUCGAAAAGAUUGGUAUGACGUCAAAGCACCGUCUAUGUUCGCCAACCGGCAGGUUGGAAAAACUUUGGUCAACAGAACUCAGGGAACAAAGAUCGCUUCUGAGGGUCUAAAAUUUAGAGUCUUUGAGGUAUCUUUGGCUGAUUUACAAAGUGAUCAGGAUGCAGAAAGGUCAUUCCGAAAAUUCAGAUUGAUUGCUGAAGAUGUUCAAGGUCGUAAUGUGUUGACUAAUUUUCACGGCAUGGACUUAACAACGGACAAGCUUCGGUCAAUGGUGAAAAAAUGGCAGACUUUGAUUGAAGCUAAUGUGGAUGUAAAAACCACAGAUGGCUAUUUACUCAGAGUCUUCUGUAUUGGUUUUACAAACAAGGAUCAGCUUAGUACAAGAAAAACUUGCUAUGCUCAACAUGCGCAGGUUAAAAAAAUUCGCCAAAAAAUGGUAGAGACUAUUACGGAGGAUGUUACUAAAACCGAUUUGAAAGGCGUGGUGAGCAAAUUGCUUCCAGACGCUACAGCAAAAGACAUUGAGAAAGCCUCUCAGGGUAUCUACCCUCUUCAUGAUGUUUACAUUCGUAAGGUGAAAGUAUUGAAAAAGCCACGUUUCGAACUUAGCAAAUUGCUGGAACUGCACGGAGAUGGAGGUGGCAAUAAGACCGAAGAAGUCGGUGACAGUGGAUCCAAAGUUGAUAGACCGGAAGGUUAUGAACCACCGGUACAAGAAUCUGUGUGAGACAAAUUUCGUAAAAAAAAUAAAAUCGUCAUUUAAAUGAAAA